CAUUGAAGGCAGCAAGAGAAUGGUUUCAUUUAUCCCACAACAGCGCCAUCCCUCCAUACUCUUGGUUUUGGUGGAAGACCCCUCACGGAAAAGUGUGUGGCAAGGAAAGGGUUAAGGAGUUUAUAGGGUCCAGAUCGAUGCUCCCUCUUACACACGUCGCCAUGAACAAAUGAAUUCGCGGGGACUUAAAUAUCAAUUUCACAAAGGAGAAAGAGUCCUGUGCUUCGAACCCGACCCUACCAAGGCUAAAGUGUUGUAUGACGCUAAGGUCAUUGAUGUCUUGAUAGGUGCAGAUGAACAUGGAAGAAGAAUCCCAAAGUACCUGAUUCACUUCAAUGGUUGGAACAGGAGCUGGGAUCGUUGGGCUGCAGAGGAUCAUGUCCUAAGGGACACUGAGGAAAAUCGUAAAUUGCAACAUAAACUGGCUCGCAAAGCUCUAGGUCGCAUGAAGAGAAAGGGAUGGGCGAAGAGGCGUCGUCGUCAGUCUGGUACUAAAUCUUCUCUGAAGACUCUCCCUAAGGAGGACGACAGUGAUGACGCAUGUUUGAUUUCGUCUUCAGAGAACAGUGACGGGGACGAUUCUGACCCUGAAUCUUCAAAUAGUGGGGACAGCACCUUCUCUGAGGACAUCAACAAAAUGAGGGUUGAGCCAGACAUUAAUGUUAAAAGGGAAUGUGAGGAGAAGAUCAUCCACGUGGACAUCAACAUCCCGGAUGUUCUGAAGAAGAAACUGGAGGACGACUGCUUUUACAUCAACAAGAGGAAGAAGCUGGUGAUGGUUCCCUGUCAGACGAAUGUUGUGCACAUCCUAGAGUCCUACGUCAAACACUUUGCCAUCAACAAAGCAUUCAUGGCCAACGAGCGGUACCGGCGUCAGCAGAGCACCACACAGAAUAGCAGCCCACAGCCAGUCCCUCCAGAGAAGAGCGAGGAGUUGUGUAAGGAGAUGGUCGACGGCCUGAGGAUCACAUUUGACUUCACCUUACCCAUGAUCCUCCUCUACCCCUGUGAACAAGCUCAGUUCAAAAAGGUCAGCUCCUCCAGGCUUUUCCUGGCCAUCAAUGAAAGCUCCCCUUGUUCCAGCAACGCCCAACGAGAGCGCAGCCCGAGCCCAUUGGGGCACAACCCACCUACCCCCCAGUCCACAGACAGCCAACCGGCACUGAGCGACAUUUCUGCCACAACGCCUACCGCCCCAGCCCCCAUCCCGAAGCGCCGGCGUCACCCUGACAUGGACUGUAUCUCAUACCAGUCCCAGUCGCUCAGACGCUCCACAAGGAACACGUCUGGAGGUGACAGGCCAGCUGAAGGAAGCAGUGGAGGUGGAGGCAGUGCCACAGCGUCCCCGCAGCUCAAACGCCGUUUGGUCGACAACUCAUCCCAGCCCAAGUUCUUCUUAAACCUCGACAAAAAAACCCCAGUGCACAGUGGCUCAUCUUCCCCAUUGCCCUUGACACCAAGCAAAGAGCGAAGUGGGCCUUUCUAUGGCCUGGAGAGCCGGAGAAACAAUGAGCUAAAUGAGGUCCUAAGUUGGAAGCUGACUCCUGAUAACUACCCCCUGAAUGACCAGCCUCCUCCACCCUCCUAUCUGUAUGGAGCACAGCACCUCUUGCGGCUUUUUGUGAAGCUUCCUGAGAUCCUGGGAAAGAUGCAGAUCCCUGAGAGGAAUCUCCGAGCCCUGGUCAAGCAUUUGGAACUCUUUCUCAGGUUUCUGGCAGAGUUCCAUGAGGAUUUUUUUCCUGAGUCUGCAUAUGUGUCAGCAUCAGAGGCCCACUACAGCAUGAAACAACCGAGGCCAAUUUAUUGAAGGAGACGUUGGCCAUUGUGUUACUUUCCCUUGCUUGUCUCUACCCUGACCUACCCUUCAGCCUGUCUAGACUAACCUGUCUGGGCUUGUGUACAGAGGCAUCAAUAGCAGCUUUCUCUGGAGUUCAGCUGUAUUGUUUUCCUGGACCAACUUUUCUUCUCCUAUGGCCUAACGUUAGUUUUCCUGAUGUUGCGUUGUGGAACCAGUUGCUUCUACCAUGCCACUAACCCUCACCCAUGCUCUGUUUGUGGGAUUGUUCUGCAUGUCAAGCCACCCUGCACUGCUUUGAUGCAAUGUACUGCUCCAAGGCACGUCGAGUGCUGUGUGUUGGUGGCGUGCGCUACCUUUUUGUAGGCCCUAUAUGAGAUUUAAUUCAUAGGAGACAGCUACUGCUACGUCCCCCUUUACGAGCCUUUCCUCAUUGUCUUCUGCUUUUUUGUUACCUGGUUUACACUUUUGAAGACCAGGCUAGUUCUCUAGCUUCUCAGAUAUUGGAGGCUGGCCAAGACAAAACUGUUUUGAAUCACUCAGCUGUGGAAGCAGACACAAUCAGCGCUGUUUGGUAAAGCCCCCCUUUUUUUUUUUUUUUAACUUCAUAGCCACAGUUUUGGAAUAUUGUGGCCUGUUCAUUUAAGGGAAAGGGACACAGGUUGAUAAGCUGUGUUCUUGUUCUACCUGCCCAAUAAACAUGUUUUGGAUACUCUUUAGGGCAUUAUAUGCUGGUUUGCCUGGUUUGGUAGCUUGGCCCCUCUUUAUGUAGUGACUUUCUGUAAGCGCUUCCCAUGUAGCGCCGCCAGGGAUCCUCUUCCGGAUAGGAUUCCUCUUAAGCUACAGUAGGACUAGCUCUUCCUAUCCUGGAGCUGCUUAGCUGCUUUCGCUGAGUAAUUCUUAUUUACUGACUCUUUAAAAACUUUCAAUCAGGAAUGUUGUUUUCCUCUGGAGUUUUUCUGUUGUAUUACACUUUUUGGAUGUGUAAUGUCCACUCAGUGUCCAUUAGAGAUUUUCUUAUUUCUUGCUUUGUCUUGCUUUUGAUGUUGUCCUGUGCAUGUCUGAUAAAUGUCUAGCAGCUUUUUAUUUGACGUUUUCUCUGCCUGUUCCUCUCACUGUGGCCACCUUCUAACAGAAAGGAUAAGGCACAAUGGUGAAAAAUUGAUGACAAUGUGCUGUGUACAACAUAUCUGAGAGUAAACCAUGUGUUGCUCCUUCUUAUUCAUACACAGAGCAAUGUCAUGGCGUAAUGUCUUUUUUUUCUCAAGGUAAUCUUAAUAUACAGUCAAAGACACAAGGCUGUUAGUAUUUGCAAAUAUUGUUUUAGACCAGCUCAGUUCAUUGAGUACCAGAUCAGACAAUAACUUGAAAUGUGUCAAAAACAAAUUUAGGAUACAUGUAUGGGAUUUACAACAUAACGACUGAUGCCAUUUGCUAAACAUUUUAUAAGAAAGAAUUCAGUUAAACAAAUGCUAGGAAUUAUUUAUAAAUGCAACAAAAGCGAUUGUUAUGAUUACUCGUCAUGACAUUGUGAAAAUGUAAAUACAAAACACCUGUUGAUCAGUAUGUUAUUUAUUUUUCUUUGCACACCACUGGAUCACUCUGUUCAUGUCUUGUUUGUUGAAGUGGUUAUAAACUAUAUACUUGACAAGACCCAUUCCAGACUUGUCAAUACACAAUUAGUUUGUCUCAGCUGUUUCUUGAACAAAUAACAUCUGUCUAUACAGUAUCAUACAGUAAACCGCUGUAUUGUAACAAACUUGUAUGUAUAAUACAGUGCAUCUAUAUUUCCUGUGUUAUAUACAGAGGUAUAAUUUGCAUAGCCUGUUAGACUUUUCUAUUGUGUUUUUCAAUGUUGUCUGUUUCCCUUUAGCCCGGUUUUCUUUGUAGAGUUUAAAUAAAGACUUUCUGAAGCCUA